GGUGAUUCCUGUUUUACUGUAUGGUUGUGGGAUUUGUGCACUAACCAGUGACCAAAGGCAACACAGUGUCAUUUUGUACAAGUCUUCAGUAUCAUGCAUUCAGUUGGUGGGGUGGGGGGCGUGGGGGAGGACUAUGUUUUAUAAUAAACAGCUUUUGACAUGCUCAGUGUGGACCACGUCCACCUGCAUAAACACACGCCUGCAUGCGUGACACCUUUAGGUCACCUUUAGCUCACAGGUUUGGUGUUGUAGCUCAACUUUGCAGCGAUUAAAUCAAACUACCCUGCGAACGUAACAGAAACACGUUAAGCACCUUAUUAGCGAGUUCAGAGAAGAGGAAGAGUCAAUAAUAUGGAAUGAGAAUCUGUGACAGUGAGACCACAAGGAAGCUGAUGAUAAAAGUCAUGAACGUGGAAUUUGUUGUUACAAAGGAGCAGUGGAUCGUGUGAUACUGGACAACAGAUCAGCAGGGUUCUGACUGAAAGAGCUGAUGGAGAACAAAAAGUUUUUGAGCCUCUUGUUUUAUCUUUAUCAGGUUCAGUGUUCAGGUGGUGUGGCAACUUGUUGCUUGAACCGCACAACCAGCUGCUCUAAUACUGUGAACACAAAACUUGAGAACAGCUCCAUCACCUGCCAUGUGUCCAACACUUUGAAACGGAUGAAGAGGGACUGGGUCAUUCCACCAAUUAGCUUCUCAGAAAAUGACAAAGGUCCAUACCCCAAAUUCAUGGUGCAGAUUAAGUCAAAUAAUAACACAAAGGGAGCGUUAACCUACAAGCUCACCGGACCAGGAGCUGAUGAGCCGACAAAGGGCCUCUUUAUCAUCAACAGCAGAUCUGGGAUGAUGUAUGUGACUCAGCCGCUGGACAGGGAGGAAAAAGACAAAUAUACUCUGUGGGCUCAUGCUCUGGUUAAAGGAGGCAAGGUUGAGAAUCCCAUGAAGCUCAUUAUCAAAGUCAUUGACCAGAACGAUAACGCUCCAGAGUUCACGCACACGUCAUUCCACGGUGAAGUGAAUGAAAACGCAGCUACAGGUCACUCUUUCAUGAAUGUAACAGCGGUGGAUAAGGAUGACAUAGACACAAACAAUGCUAUAAUUAGGUAUCAGAUAUUAUCACAGAUGCCUCAGGUGCCUAAAGCGGACAUGUUUGCCAUAAACCCAGUGAGCGGGAUCAUCAGUGUGGAGGCAGCAGGACUGGAUCGUGAAACUCACCCAGAGUACAAGCUGGUUAUUGAGGCUGCUGAUAUGGAAGGGGCAGGGCUAAGAGACACCAGCACUGCCAUUAUCACAGUUACUGACAGCAAUGACAAUGCUCCACAAUUCGCUGUGACAUCCAUAUCUACAUCAGUCCCGGAGAAUGAGGUUGGAAUAGAGGUGGUGAGACUAAAGGCAACUGAUGAGGAUGAGUUAGGUUCUCCCAAUGCCAACACCGAGUUUUCCAUAAUAACAGGAAACGAGUGGUCACACUUUGCCAUUGUCACAGGCCCCAGUAAAAUGGAGGGGAUCCUCACCAUCGCCAAGGUUGGGACACAGUCUUUGUUUUUCUUCAACAUGCUGUGUUCAUCCCACAUCUCAGGUCCAUUCUCUUCUCUCUCCUUCUUUGCUAUCUGUCACUCCAAGGAGCUUGACUUUGAGAGUGUUUCAGUCUUCACUCUGCUGGUAGCGGUGAAGAACGAGGUUCACUUUACGAGGCCGGUGUCGACUUCUAGUGCCACAGUCAGGGUGAUGGUAGAAGACAGGAAUGAGUCUCCUGUGUUCAGCCCAGCUGAGAUCCAUGAGAGCUUGUCAGAGGAUGCUUCAGUGGGAACUACUGUUGCCUACAUAAGAGCCAAAGAUCCUGAUAAGGCCAGGAAACAGAGUGUAAGGUACAAACUACACGGUGAUGCAGCCAAGUGGCUCCAUAUUGAUAAAUCCACAGGAGUAGUCAAAGUUCAAAGCAGCAUGGACAGAGAAUCAGCCUUUGUCAAAGAUGGAAAAUACACCGUGUUUGUUUUGGCUUAUGACAAUGAUAUGGUUCCAGCCACAGGAACAGGAACAUUGGUGGUGACUCUACUGGAUGUGAACGACAACGCUCCUCUGAUUAAGCAAAGGACAGCCAGUCUAUGCAGCACACAGCCACUUCCUAUCCUGUUGGAUAUAGUGGACCUGGAUGGACCUGGUCACACCGGACCAUUUACUGUAGAGCUUUCAAGAGAGAACUGGAUCAGCUGGACCAUUCACAUCAAUUCAACUAGUAAUGUGAUGUCCCUGUCCCCAAAGAAGGAUUUGUCCCCUGGGAUCUAUCAUGUCCUCCUGCGUAUCUAUGAUGUACAGAUGCUCCACCAGGACAGCACACUGGACGUCGAGGUGUGUCAAUGUCAAGGAGCCGUCUCCACCUGCUUCAUCCCACAUGCAGCUUCUCAGGCAAACAUUCUUCCUUUUACGAGCGGAAUCCUGGGAGCUGUUUUGGUCCUUCUAUUGCUGCUUUUGCUGCUCCUGCUGUUCCUGAGAAAGAGGAAAUCAAAGAAGGAAGCUGAUCUUUUUCAAGACAUAAACAGAGACAACAUUUUGUGCUAUGAUGAACAGGGAGGAGUUGAAGAAGACCAGGAGUAUGACCUCAGUCAGCUGCACAGAGGGUUGGAUCACCUCCCUGAGAUUUUGUGUACUGAUGUGUUCCCUGCUGCUCAGACCCACCCAUCUUACCGGCGACAGCCUCAAUCCAAUGAGGACAUUGAAAAGUUUAUUGAGGAGAACCUGCGUGCUGCUGACAGUGACCCCACAGCGCCUCCCUAUGACUGCCUGCUGGUGUUUGACUAUGAAGGCUUUGGCUCUAAGGCGGGUUCGCUCAGUUCUCUUCAGUCCUCAGACUCGGAUGAGAAUCCCACCUAUGGGAGCCUGCGUCUCUGGGGCCCUCACUUCUGCAGGCUGGCUGAGUUGUAUUCAGGGGUGAAGGAGUAUGAGGAUGACACAGAAACACUUCCAGGAAAAAAGGAGUGGGUGUGAUCAGUGCAGAUGUAUUUAUAAAAAUCUCCAAAUUCAUGUCCUGAGAGUCUGGUUUGAUUUCUUUCUGUUAAUUUUGUGCCAGCUUUAGAUUUGGUCUGACCUUGAGGCUGUUUUUUUUUUUUUACUAUUUUUAACCAACAUGGAUCUUAUGGGCCUGUCACUCCUUGACAAUUUAGCCAACAUAUGCUGAUUUAUGAAAAAACUGGCAAAUACGCUGGCUGUGUCGAACAAGUUAUGCACCUGUCACACCAUGAUGAUUUAGCUAGCAUAUGCCGAUGUAACUAAAUCCUGCCAAUACGUCAUUAUACGGCAGCUGACACGUUCACUAAGUUCUAUGGUUGUCUGGAACAUGCGAAAUACGUCAAUAUACAUUGGAGAUAAGUUAAAUAUAAGUUGAUGAUGAUGAUGUUCAUCCUUCGAAUAUGACCAUGAUGUCACAGUAUCACCGUGUGCUGUGGGUGUGGAGAUGGUUAAUUAAGCUGAGCUUUGCUCUGAAUUUUCUGCUGGAGUGUCGGCAUGGAAUGUCUGGCAGGGAAGAGGAGUUUGACUAGUCCUUCCAGUGUUUCUGCUGCAGUUCUUGGAUGCAUUGCGCUUCGAACUCUGAUAUACUGCUAUACCUGUUCUGACCGAGGUCUGCCAGGCAGGGUGGUCUUGUGCAGCUUCUUUCCAGUAGG